AUGCCGUUCAUGGACUAUAGUCUGGUUCAGGAGUUGAGGCAGCAGCUGGCCGGCACCCAGGCGGAGAUCACCUCCCUUGGCUCUGCAGACUAUACCGAGAGCAUUCGGUCGUGGAGUGAUGCCUGCAAGAGCGAUGCGGGAGCCGUCGUCCACGCCACCUGCACUAGUGAGGUCUGCCUGGUCGUCACAUUUGCGCGGGAUCACCAUGUCGAAUUUGUCGUCAAGGGCGGGGGGUACUCGACCAGCGGCGAGUCCGCAACUCAGGGAGGCAUCGUGAUCAGCCUAGACCGCAUGCGCGGGGUCUCGGUCGAUCCCAAGACCCAGAUGGUGCGCGUACAAGGGGGUGCGCGCUGGGACGACGUCAACAGGGCGACUGCGCCCUACGGGCUCGCCGUGGUGGGGGCGACAGCCAGCCAGACGGGUGUAGGCGGCUCGACGCUGGGGGGAGGGUACGGCUGGCUCACAGGGCGAUACGGGCUGAUCGUCGACAGUCUGCUGCGCGCAACGGUGGUGCUCGCUAACGGCAGCGUCCUCGAAGCAUCGGACGAGGCCCAUCGAGACCUCUUCUGGGCGAUCCGCGGUGCAGGCCAGGCAUUUGGCGCGGUGACCGAGCUGGAGUUCCGGGCACAUAGGCUGCCGGACCAGGUGUUUGGCGGGCUGCUCUACUUCAAAGCCAGCAAGCUGUUCAAGGUCAUCGACUUCGCCAACUGGUUCCACGAGCAGCAGGACGAGGACAGCGGCCUCUUCUUUGGGUUCAGGGCCGCGCCAAAGUCUGCAGACGAAUCGGUGAUCAUGGCCGUGCUCUUCUACAACGGGUGCCAGGAACGGGCGACGACCUUCUUUGCGCCCCUGCUCGCCCUGGACCCGGUCAUCAACCACACAGGCAUGAUGCCCUACUGGCAACUGGCGCGUCAGGCCAACGUCCGGUUCGACCGUCGCCGCAGUCGAAAGAGCGGCGGUGGCACCAAGCUGCGCUUCCCACCAGACAAGGACCUUAUCCCCGUGCUCUGGCGCGACUUUGACCAGGUCAUGCAGGAGUUUCCACAGAUGGGGGACAGCGUGCUCGCCAUCGAGCUGCUGCCUUUCUCCAAACUGAUGAGCGUCCCGGUGGAAGCGACUGCGUGCGCGAAUCGAGACCACCUCUACAACGUCGGUCUGCUGCUGUGCUGGCAGGAUCCGCGCCUCGACGUCUUCAUUGAUCGAUACCGACAGGCUACGCUGGCCAAGAUCCAGAACUCGCAAUACUGGGCCCAGGUUGCUGGUGGAGGUGUGGCCGCGUAUCCAAAUUAUGCAGGGCACGAUUUCGCUGCCAGGUACCUCUUUGGACCCAACCUGCCUCGACUGCAGCAGCUGAAGAAGAUCUACGACCCAUACAAUGCAUUCCGUAAGUGGCAGGACCUACUCUCCUCUCCCGCUUGA